UCUCUCUCUAUAGCUAAGAGCCUAAGCAACGCAUAAUAAUAGAAGUACAAGAAGAAGAAGCUAAAGCCUCUUAAGAAGAAACAAAUUAUAGGAAAGCAAUUAGUCUAACCCAAAUAUCAUAUAGUAGCUAUUUGAUUCUAAGUUACUUGUUAAUUUUUCUUGUUUUGUGUCCACAACCGGACUUUCUCAUGGAAGUUAGCCGGAAAAUGACGAACGUGCUAGGCACUGAGCGUGAUUUGAACUUUAAGGAGACUGAGCUGUGUCUUGGAUUGCCUGGUGGUGGUGGUGGUGGUGGAACUGCUGAGCCUGAGACUCUCAAAGCUACCGGAAAAAGAGGCUUCUCCGAGACUGUUGAUCUGAAACUUAACCUUCAGUCCAAGGAAGAUAGCAACAAGAAUAUUGUUUCAAAGGAGAAAAACCCGGCAAAGCCACCAGCCAAGGCACAAGUUGUGGGAUGGCCACCAGUUAGGUCGUACAGGAAGAAUAUGAUGGCUCAGAAGAAUACAAGUGAGGAGGGAGAGAAAGCAAGCAGUGCUGGUGCAGCCUUUGUGAAGGUUUGCAUGGAUGGUGCACCAUAUCUUCGUAAGGUGGACUUGAAAAUGUACAAGAGCUACCAAGAACUAUCUGAUGCCUUGGCCAAGAUGUUCAGUUCCUUUACCAUGGGCAAUUAUGGGGCCCAAGGAAUGAUUGAUUUCAUGAAUGAGAGCAAGUUAAUGGAUCUUCUCAACAGCUCUGAAUAUGUGCCAACCUAUGAAGAUAAGGAUGGUGAUUGGAUGCUUGUGGGCGAUGUUCCAUGGGAGAUGUUUGUUGAUUCAUGCAAGCGCUUACGCAUAAUGAAAGGAUCAGAAGCUAUUGGUCUUGCACCAAGAGCCAUGGAGAAGUGCAAGAACCGUAGCUGAACUAUGCUUAGCUUAGCCAACUCCUGCAUCCAUGAGGACUUAUGCGUGAAGGCACUUUCGCACGAGUCGGAUCGAUCGAGCAGGGUGCAUGUUCUUUUGAUUGUGUUUGUUUGUUUGUUUUUUUUUUUUUUUUUUAAUUUGAUCGUAUAUAGAUAUCAAAGGAUCUGGACAUUUGUAAUAGACAAGAAGCAAUAAACUUAGCCCGAUUGUCUGCCUUGUUUAUUGCUAAUGGUUUGUUUAAUAAUCACCUAUUUUGAUGUUGUUUGUUGCU